CACUGGUGUUGCAAGAUUUUUUUGAGGGAAGGGAAUUUGACAUUUGUAAAGCAGAAUUAAGUUUUUGCAGUGAUAUUUUGUUAUUGUUUAUUACAUUUUCUGUAUAAUUACCGAACAUCAGGAAGGUUUCAAGCCUUGCUAGUUCUCGAGUUGGUCUAUCAGUACCUAACCAAGAUGUCCAUGUAUGUAUGUUUACCGAACAUUUGUGUGUAUGAGAGAGGUUGAAGAAUCAUGUCGGACGAGGAACAAGUGGUCUCGGAGACACAGGUGCUCACGGCAGAGUUUAAGGAUGGUCAACUUGAAAUCGUGGAGGUGACUCCAUUUGACAAUAAUGAGUCUAAUACAGUGGAAACUAUUCUUCCCGAUAUGGCAAUGACGGAGACUAGUGAAGACCAGGAGCCUAAAUACCAGAUCCUCACCGACUCCUCGCGGGGUCUGAUGCACUUGGACCUCUUAAACCUGACCCUGGUCAAGUGUGCUGACGGCGAGGAAUCAUACCGUUUAGUCACCAACCAAGAGGCUGAAGGGGAGUUGGGGGAGACUGUCACAUGCGUCCUGCAGUCCAGUGAUGGCGAGGGCGAAGACGCCCAAAACGCCUAUGUCGGCAAGAAGCAAGUAUACCUAACCGGAGAAGACCAAGACCAGUAUGUGAUGGUCAACGGAGAAGACGGCCCGGUGGUCAUACUCAAAUCUUCACUAGAAGGCGUUGAGGAAACUGAUACGCCACCCGCGAAGUCCGAGAAGCCGGCUAAGAAACCAUUGACAGCUGUGGAGUUACUAGAAAAAGCGAAAGCCCUUCAAAAAGCCAAGGCACAAAUGCAGAGCCAAAAACGCGGUCGCAAGCGCCGCGGCGCGCUGCCGCCGCCGCACGAGCUGCUGUCGUCGCCCAACUUCAAGCUGUUCCUGUACUCCUGCAAGCUGUGCGCCUUCAAGUGCAACGCCAUCAAGGAGUUGACGGCGCAUAAGGUGGCGGAGCACGGGCCGAACGGGCCGCGCAUGAAGGGCGCGCGCGCGGCCGCCACCACGCUGCAGUGCGCGCGCUGCCCCUUCCGCGGCGGCUCGCACUCGCAGUUAAUGAAGCACGUGCAGGAACAACAUUUAAAAGACACAAAUGCGGAAGUAUACCUGAAUUCAGCGGAAGCGGAAGCAGCGGAUGUCUUAGUCUGCGGAGCGUGCGGGUUCGAGUCCGCGUCGAGACCUGAAUUCCGGCGCCAUAUUGAAGACAAACAUAAUGUCAAUGUCAGUUGAGACUACUAUUGUUAGUCUAAGGCAGAGGAGUUUUAUCAACGUCAAGUAGGAUUUUGAGUCUUAAGACUUUGAGUUAUGGUUCCAUUUCGAUUGAACUUAUAUGAAAACUGCUCUGAAUAAUCUUAAACACAUCUUUAAUAUAGUCAAGAGACGCGUCUGGAUGAAAGCGACUUGCUUAAUAUCUGUGGUAAUUAUUACCCUCCUUUUUGUAUUAGCAGUUUGGAAAAAUAAAGAUCAUGAUUAAAAAUAUAUUAUAAAUGUACGCAUACGUGCCUGAAAGACACCGACCAUUGAGAUUAAAAGAUAAACCGGACAAGUGCUCGGACUCGCCCACCGAGAGUUCCGUACUUUUUGUAUUUGUUGUUAUAGCGGCAACAGAAAUACAUCAUCAGCCCGGUCCACACAGAGCGAGCAUACGCGCGAGGCAAUUUCCUCACGCACAAACCGGCCAGUGUAGACGUGCCUCGGCCGAGGCGGCGCGCGCGUUUUCCUCGCCCGAGCGAAAAUCUAUCACGGUUCAUGAGAUACAGCCUGGUGACAGACAGACAGACGGACAGUGGAGGCUUAGUAAUAGGGUCCCGUUUUUACCCUUUGGGUACUGAACCCAAAUGAUCACAUACACAUAAUUUAGCAUCACAUCGACGGUAAAGAAAGGACGCUUACCACGAGAAUUUCGUACAUCGAGUCGCCUGUUCCUAUCUCGCACGCGCGUAACUAAAAUGCUGUCGAACUCAUGGUACGCAUCCUUUCUGUAGGAGAAGGUACCCUUCUAAUUUUCUAAAUAUAUUUAAAUGGGUGAGAUUGUAAGCGUACCCAAGGUAGAAAAGGCACAGCUCAACGUCAAUUGAAACUUUAACUUACACUUUACUUUUUUUUUUUUACUUUUUUUAAGGUUCUCAUGUCUAGCAUGUCUUGUCAAAGAUUUUAAUUUUUGCGACACGAUUUUAGAAUCGCGUUGUAAUAUGUCGCAGAAAAUUCACUCGCACUGCGAUGAAAAAUCAUUGAUUUGUUCAUUCUCAAUAUGGAUUUCGUACCAGUCAGUUAUCUUAUCUUCGGAGGAGUAGAAAAAAAUAAAUUAUCAAUAUUGGACCCGUCCUUUUACAGGUUUUUUAAUCUGAAAUGGAAUGAAUUUCGCCUAUAUCCCAAAAAAAUCUAUCAUAGAAUGCAGAUUCAAAUGUUUGAAAAAUUACUGCAUGAAAAAUGUUGGAAAUAAUAUUGAAUACAAAAAUACAAGAUGGCGGAAUUUAUUAUGGCAGUGCGCGCGGGGCCAUACAACUCCGUAUGCUGCAAUCAUUGACAUAUAUCAUUCACUGCACGAUUGGCUCGUAUUCGUGAGUGACAUCACUGAACUAGCACCAUUCUUAGUGCCCGUAAUGCCUGUCCUUAGAUAUAUGUCAAUGGCUGCAAUUCACUUUUCGCGUCGCGAGCAGUCGCGGUAAAAUAUGACAAAUCACAAUUUUAAAAUUGCUGCGAUUUUUUUCUCGUAUAUACGCGCACUGACAUAUAAACACAUACGUUGCAUUUCUGCGACAAAAAGUCGUAGUGCGCGCUUGGCCAAAGUCGCGCGAUACUUCAAUACAAUAUACAUUAAGCGAGGCUUUACAUUAUGGAUUCACAUCACUCACCUCAGCCGAGUAGACGCGCUAAACGUGUAGAGGUAUUUUCGCGGGUCAAAAAAUUCAUUUUAUUUUUGGCAGGUACAACUGGAAAAAAUUAAACUCUGUAUCUUUAGAUUAUUCUAACAAACAAUUUGUACAUUUUCGGGUAUUGGUUAACCAACCAAAUACAAAACCUGGAUCUGUCACUGAAUGACCUGAUUUUAACCUACAUUACAUUAAGGAGCCAAUUGACUCAUUUGAGGGUAGAUUUUGUUCACUAUUAUUUAAAUACCUAAAGAUACACAGUAUAACAAACUUUUUUAUAUUUUAUUUUUAAUGCCACGUCAGGAUCCAAUCAAGGCAAUUAUUAGUUUAACUGUGGGAUCUUUUGAUUUACAUAUUUUCUUAGCCGCGGUAUCAAUGAAACGUGAAAAUUUUAACCCGAAUUCAAUUCGUAGUUCGUUCGACGUUUUUUUUGCAUUUAUUUCCUCACGUCAAACGAAAGUGACGCAAUCAAAUCAAAUAUCUAUUAUCAGGCAACGAAGGUCCACCAAUAACCAACAUAUAUCUAGGGACGGGCCUUACGGGCACUAUGAAUGGUGCUAGGUCAGCGGUGUCACUCACGAAUUCGAGCCAAUCGUGCAGUCUAACGCAACUAGUUGCGACCAAUCGCGCGUGAUGCGAACUCAUCAACCAAUCGCGUUGUGGCGUUAGACUGCACGAUUGGCUCGAAUUCGUGCGUGACACCGCUGUACUGGCUCCAUUCUUAUUGCCCGUAAGGCCCGUAUAGAUAUAUGUCAGUGCCAAUCACGAAAUGGAUUGCGGUUUCAAGUUAUCAGAGGCCUUAUGCCGAAAAUUUUUCGCUAUCUGCCUCUAUCGCCCCUUUGCAUAUUCGAGCGAUUUUCGUGUUUCACGGUAGGGCCUCUAGGGGCCUAGCCAAGAAGCCAAUCGUUUGCGCUACAACGAAACGCUAUAUUCCAUAUUAGUGCGAUAGAGGCAGAAAGCGUUUCGUUAUUGUAGCGCAAAUGAUUGUAAUCUUGGCUAGCCCCCUGAUCCCUAACUAGGUCUUAGUUUAGCAAUAGGGUGCUUAGCCAACGUGCCAAUCAUUAACGCUCCAUAGCAUAAUUAUAUCUCUAUCACUAUUCCAUAUUAGUGCAACAGUUUCGUUUCGUUCGCUACGGAGCUUAAACGAUUGGCAUGUUGGCUACGCACCCUGCUGAUGACUGUAUCGUAUUAGGAAAUUUAAUGUUACGUCAUUUAAUUAGGAAAAUAAAUUAUACAAAUUA